CAGUCAACCACAACCACAAAGAUACAGGCCAGGGAUGCCUUUCAAAGGUGGCUGGCCUGCAUUCCACCACUAUCAAUGGUAGUCUACACAGAUGGGUCCAAAGGAAAGGACAGCAGCGCUGCAGGUGCCGGCUGGGUGGGCUACUGCAGAACCAGCAAGGCCAAAAUCUUCAGCGGACAUGUGAGGCUCCCCAACCAUGAGGUCUUUGAUGCAGAGGCUCAAGCGGCCCUGCUAGGCCUACAGGCGGCCCUUAAGGAUCCCAAAGCCCAACAUUCCACAAACAUAUAUAUCUAUCUGGACAACUUGGAAGCAGCACAGCAACUCCAAGGCCAGCCCAAAGGAUCAAGUCAACCAAUUUUCAUGAACUUUCAAGAAGCUGCAUAGACAUGGCCACAACUCUCAAGAACACCUGGUGUGACGGCUCAACGACCAGGCAAACAGUGCCAACAUGCCAAAAGAUGCCAUACAAGCAAUAUGGACAAACAAGGGCUCAAGCCGCAUUGCACAAAUGCUUAUAUAGAGACUGUACUCGCCAGAUAGAUUUCCUCUCCUUUUUCCUUCCCAGAUUCGAUAUUCUCGUUGAUGGCUACAAUAGUCAAGAUAGGAAU